CGGAUUCUGCAGUCGACAGAAGAAGACAAAAGCAGAAACAGUACCACUGCGGUUGCACAGAAAUUUCAUUCAUCGAAUUUUUAUUAAUUUGGCACUGGUCGAAGUCUAGUUAUUUCAUUUACUUGCCAGAAUAACCAACUGGUGCAGCAUUUGUUUUUGUUUCGCAUCAUUUCAAAACAAACUCGCGCUUUAGUGCUUAAAAUGUGAAAUAAAAUGCGUUUUUCGCUUUGAAAUUGUGUGACGCGGCCAUAUUUAAAAAAUAAUUUAAUGUCGAAUGCAGUGCAAAGGCGAAGGGAGGCUACAUAAAUUAUAUAAAUAGUGCUUGGAAAGAACCUGCAAUUGAAGUGUUUGGUGAAGCUGCCGUCAUGAUGGACCGUAAGAAGGUGCUUGAAUUGGACAAAAUCUGUCGCUUAUGCAUUUCGGAGCGCAAGGAAAUGCGUCCGCUGUUUAGUGAAAAAGUGCCCGAAAUGCUUAUGGACUGCACAAGCGUGAGGGUCGAGCCCACCGAGGGCUGGCCCGAUAAAAUCUGUGUGCAAUGCGUCCAUGCAGUCAGUCGGAAUCAUGCAUUUAAAUCACUUGUGGAGCGCAGCGACAAAGAAUUGCGCGAAUAUAUAAAAAGCCUGACGGUACGCCUCUUGGAGGAGCAGCAACAAAAAUUGGAACAACAAAUACUGCAGCAACAGCAGCAGCUCCAACAGCAACAACAACAGCAGCAGCAGCAACAACAACAACAGCAGCAGCAGCAGCAACAACAACAGCAACAACAGCAGCAGCAGUCACCUAUAUAUCUUCCCAAGAGCAAAUUGAAACCUCUGCAGCGUAAAGGUACCUCUCGACAGUCAAAGAAACAACAAGAGAUGGUUCAGCUUCUGCCGGAACCGGCGCCACCACCGCCGCCUCCACCACUGGUCACCCAGCAGCAACAACAACAGAUACAACAAAUUCAGCUGCCAACUCUGCAGCCGGCACCUGCGCAACUGAUGCCAACAACGACGGCACAGCAAAUUCUCUUGCCGAAUGGACAGUUUAUAACGACGCAAAUUGUGACGCCGCAGCUGGCGCAAAUUAUCAGCCCGCAAACAACGGCAUCGAAUGCUACGGCGUCGGCACAAGCGCAAUUUUUACCACAGUUGCUACAGGCGCCCAAUGGCCAAACGUUACAAAUUGUUCAGCAGCCGAAUGGUACACAGACGUUGCAGCUAGUGCAGUUGGUGCCACAGCGAAGCAUCGCCCCGGCGAUUACAACGACUACUACAACGGACAUGUGCACGACAAGCAGUGGAGCUUCGCUAGCCGAUGCGGACGUCCAACUCUUGCACGAUGGCGACAUGGACGAUGAUGAUCUGGACGAAGUCUACAAUCACUUAGAUGACAAGGGUCACACGUUUGAGACGAUAGUACUGGACGAUGAUCAGCAGCAAGACUUUCUUAAGGACCAGCAUCGGCAAGUGCUCAUCGAUGACGAAUACACGCAAAGCGACACGCAGGAGCAGGAGGCCGACGAAUACUUUGACGAGCAGCUGUUAGACCAUGAGGAUGGGGUCAAGCACGAGGAUGACGACGAUGACAACUUCAUCAUAGAGGAAAUUCAAUUAGAUGAGGACGAUAUGCUGGACGAUGCUGAUGGAGAAGUAGAUGGUGAUGCAAUGACAAAUGUGGAUGAAUGCGAGUAUAUAACCGAUGAACAGGAUCACGGCCUCGGCGGCGAUGUCGACGAUGAGUUGCAUUAUGCUAUUAUGGAACCGACCGAUGGUGAUGUGAGCGCCAGUGACAUGGAUCAGACCUUCAUAGAUGUCGAUCCACAGCAGCAGCAACAGUUACAGGAGCAACAACAGCAACAGCAGUCCGUGGACCUGCAUAGUAUAUCCUUGGAAAAUGCUGUGGUAGAGUUUGGACAGGACGCAUUAGUCGCACCCACGUUACAUGUCAGUAGCACGCCCAGUCCUACUCCCAGCUCAGCGAAACGUGCCCGUCGUGGCAACACGCAAGCGCAAACGCAGCUGGUCGAGACGCCUUGUAACCACCAGCAUAGUCCACCUACCAUAAGCAGUAAACUGGCAGCCGCCAAUUCGCGGCAGCUAGUGCAAACUGCGUCAGUGAUAGCAGCAGCAGGAGCUGAUGAUAAUUACGAGAUAGAUGCAAAUCUGGUCACGGAAUUCAUUAAGCAACACACAUCACCUCUGGGUUCUGGACGAUAUAUUUGUCACCUAUGCAGCACGGAGUUCCGGCAGUUCAAGGGCCUCCAGAAUCACAUGCACUCGCACACCAAUUGGAUACGGGCCAAUUGCAAAAAGCAGCCACAGUGUGAGAUCUGCUUUAAGAGUUUCAAGGGGCCGGGCAUGCUGCGCAUGCACAUGAAGACGCACGAUGCUGAGACGAAUACGCCGUUGUGCAACAUCUGUAAUCGCACGUUCAAGUCGAAGGCGAUCCUCUACAGGCACAGACAGACGCAUCAGCAGCGAGCAUAUUGCUGUGGCGUGGCGAAUUGUCGCAAGAAUUUCUCCAAUGCGGCCAAUCUGCGAUGGCACGUAGAGCGCAAGCAUCCGGAAUGCGUUGAGCCACUCUACAAGUGCGGUGAAUGCUCCACACUCUACGAUCACAUCGACAGUCUGCAACAUCAUGUAGAGAAUACAGAUCAUGGCAGUAAUGUCAGCGAAACGCAAACAAUUAUCACCACCAACUCCAACGCGGCGUUCAGCGGUGCCGUUAGCAUUGUUAGCAAUGGCACCGACAUGUCCAGCAUGAUCGCCGCGGCACCAAAUGCCCUAAGUGGCGCAACGGCAACAGGUGAUACACAUGCCGUUGUCGUGGGCUCAUCCGGGGAGAUGUAUUUUGUGACGCAGGCGUAGCCAGCGCAGUUUGCCGAUAUUCCCGGCAACUCCGAGUGCCUGCUCGGAAUGUAAAUCCUAAACAGGCAUCUAGAUGUAAAGAGAAAAUAACUGGAAACAUAUAUUUUUAUACCACCCCAUAGGAUAUCUAUACGUAAAUAUAGUUUUUACACACACUCUCACACACACCUUGCAAUCCUAGUUGUCUGUCAUCGUAGCUUGUUCGUAGUACUCGAAUUUCGGACGCGGCGUUCAAUUGUAUAAUAAUAAUUAAUAGAAAGGCCGUUUUUAGGCAUAAGUUCUUAGGUUCUAGGCAACAAUUAACACACGAACCGAUUCACACAGCCGCAAUGUAUUCAAAAAUGAUAUAUAUGUUAUAUAUAUAUAUACUCUGUAUGGCUAUGGAACUUUUCGUACAUCCGUCUUAAUGUACGAAAGGUAUUCAUUGCGGCAAUAUAUGUAACCAGAUUUGAAUAUCAGACUGGAAUUUAUUUAGACUAAAUUUUUCGGCUUGGUUUUCAUUGUUGGGCAUUGAUUAUUACUAAAAACAAAAACG